UGUUACAACCGAUUGCAACCGAUCCGACUUGAAUCUUUAGCCGGACUGCGUCAUGAUGCAAUUUCUCGUGUUAUUUUGACAUUCGUUUAGCGCUGUCGCUAUAUCGCUUUAGAAAUGUCAUUCUUUGAUUUCUUCCGAAAUUUUCUCGGCGUGGGACGUCGCAAUGAGCCUAGCACAAACGGAUUUGCUGAUUAUGAUUCACACCGGUCAAGUUUUCGGAAUCCAAUUUGGCAGAGUGACGAGGACGAUGACGAGGACGAUAUAGACAACUUUCGGCAUCCUGAAAGUGCUUUGCACUUUAAUGUCUUUAGCAAUCCACUUGAAAUGACGCUCUACUUUGAAUCCCAGAUAGACGAUAUAUUGAAGAAUUUCUUUAGCUUCAGCAAUACCCCUUUUGAUGACAAAGGCGUUGCGGCAUUACCAUUCGCUGCACCUGAAAAGAAUGACAAUUUACGGGACAGGGUGUUGAAAUCCGAGCCUGAUACAUUCGCCGUCGCAGAUGUACCAUUUGAAAGCAAAAUCGAUACGGAUUUAGACGGAAGAGUUUCUACAAAAGAAUUUUUAACAAUGUGGAAUAAAGGAAAUGUGGAAGUAAAACAGCCUUCCGUACCAAAUCAUUUCUCGAUUGGAAGAUCCGUUAGGAAGGAAAUUGUACGUAGACCUGAUGGAACUGUAGUAAAGAAGCGAGUGAUCAGAGAUAGCGAAGGUAACGAAGAGACGAUCGUUUCGAAGGAAAUUGGCGACAAGACACAUGUCGUUACUAUAAGGAAGGAUAAAAAUGGUAUUGAAACAAGAUCCGAGGAUUUAAUUAACAUGGAUGAAAGCCAACUGAAAGAUUUCACUGAAAAGUGCGAAUCUGUAAAAGAUUCGAGUUUUAAUCGUUUUCCAUGGGAAAAGUUUUUCGGCCCCAAUCCGAAAUUAUAGCACAAAGUAGAUAAAGAAAAGUUUUAGUUUUUAUUUCUAGCAGAUUCAAGUAUUGUGUGUAGUAUAUAAACGAGUACAAAUAAAUUAAAUUCAAUCGACGAUAAAA